AUGCAAGAAGUAACAGAGAGACAACAGAGAGAUGGAAGUAAGACAGCAAAAAAACAACAAAAUGACAGAAUAUCCAUAAAACCACGUGUAUUUACUUGUAUUUACGAGAAUUUACGUGAUUUUGAAUAUUGUCGUAUACAGCUUGCUUGUGGGGGUAAAUCUAUUAUUUCUUAA